CCGCGCACAGCAAAGCGCGCCAAGGCAGGGUAGCGCGCUAACUACGCAGGGAUGUUUAGCGUUUGUGUACCGUUUGUGUAGAUGUGUAAAACAUGGUGAAAAAAGAGGACACUAUCCGAAAGUUCGUUGUGAGACAACUGAUUCAGUGCUCGGACCUCAGUUCACUGACCUUGGGCAUUCUGCGAAGGAGAUACCUCGAGCAAGUGGGGAGAGAGUCACUCAGCACCAAGGAUAGACAGUUGAUGAAGACAAUUGUUGAGGAGGAACUCUUAAAAAUGCAGGAGAGCAGCGAUGAUGAGCCUCUGGUUAAAUUUGUUGAGAAAAAAAGAAAAAGGGUGGAUGAUGAUGAUGCUGACGAAGGCUUGAAGAAUGAAAUGGCAAGGAAAAAGAGGCUGCGGCACGAGGAGUCUUCUCCAGAUUCCCCCGACUCUGGAAUAGUCAAGGCUAUGAACGAAGACGGCCAAAAAGAGGCAGAAAGUGACAAAAACACGGACAAAGACAGUGAGGGGGAAAGGGAGAGUGCUGGGAAAAAAGUAAAAGAGCAGAAACAGAAGAUGGGAAAGGGCAAGCAAACCAAAGAGCAAGAGAUGCAGUCCGAAGAUGAAAGUGAAACGAAAAAGAGACAACAGAAACAAGGGAAGAUGAUAGAAAGUGAAGAUGAUGAGGAAUUAGAGUAUUCAGAUGAAGAUGGGGAAAAGCUAAAAACCACAGCGAAAAUGAAUACAUUCAAAAAAAAAGAUUCAUCCACCGAAGAAAGAACAAGUGAUAGACGAACAAAAAAUAGCAACAAUGAGUCUGAGGAUGAAAGCGAGAUGAGCAAAGAGAAGAAACUGGAGAAAAGAAAAGAUAUGAAGAAAAAGAAGCCAGUAGAGACAGAUGCUGUGAAAGCAGUGGAAAGACAGGUUUUUGGGAGCAGCUCUGAGAGUGAUGAAGAGGAAACCAAGACGACUAAAACAAAGAAGAGCAUCGAUUCUGAGAGCGAGAGUAGAGAGAGUGAAGAGGAGGAUGCUGACAAGUCAUCCUUCAGAGAGAAGAAAAAAGAGGAACACGAGAAGAAUGUAGAGGAGGACUCUGACUCCUCCUCUCUGCCCUCACUGGAGGAUGAGGAAGAACAAGAGCAGAGCAAGGAGGAGAGGAAACCGACGAGUGUGACUAAGAAGAAACGCAGUGAGGAGAGAGAGAGCACACCCAGAGGAAAGGAUGAGGAGAACAAGACAGUUGCCCGUCUUAAGCGAUACAUCGCCCUCUGUGGUGUGAGACGGAACUACAAGAAGCUUUUAGACGGCUGUCGAUCGAUAAAGGCCAAAGUGACUGUGCUGAAAAAAGAGCUGGAGGAAUUGGGUGUUGAAGGUCAGCCGACCAUUGAGAAAUGUAAGAAAGCUAGACUAAAGAGAGAGGAAGCACAGGAGGUGGCUGAGCUGGACGUCAGCAACAUCAUCACAACUCAGGGACGUCCCAAAAGGAGAGCAGCAUGGCCCCCUCGUCCCAAUGUUUCUCCUCCCUCUUCUGUCUAUAAGUGUGUUGUGGACUCUGACUCAGACAGUGGGGACAGCCACACAAACAGGGGGCACAAGAGAGCAGCAGCUUGGAGAAAUCUGCAAGGAAUCAUCAGUGAUGAUGGAGAGAGUGAUUGAGUGGGAAGUGCCUUUUAACUACAGGUUGUGUUUUCAGAACAUUAUACGGUCUUUCUGUAAGUUCAUACGCUCUAUUUCAUAUCAAACUGUACAGAAGUGAUCAAUGCCCUCACGUGCAUCCUCUGUUAUUGUAGGAUGUGAUCCAGAAAGUUUGUUUCGUCUUUUUGUGCAUUUUAUAGUUGUUUAUUUGUACUUGAAGGUUUUCAAAAUUUAAGUGUCUAUGUUAAUAAUGAAAAGGGGCUUUAAGAAUAAAAUAAAGGAUUCAUUUUACAAUUUC